AUGAUUAAGGUGGACUUCCCGCAGAUCACCGAGAUUUGUGAACUGCUGGCGGCGAAGCCGCAGGAGGCGCCAGAAGCAGUGAAGCUGCUGGUGAGCGCCCUCCGGGACAAGGACGCUCCAGUUCGCAAGAAGCUGAAGGCCCUCACGAUCACGAAUGAGAUGCUCUACGACGAGCGAGCCGUCCUGUGCUUUCGGGAGGCCCCUUCGCUGCCGGCCGCGCUCGCCACAUUGCGGGUGCUGCAGGAUUCCGGCUUGAGCGAGUAUGUGGAUGAGAACAUCCGCAUGCUGGCAACUGAGAUUGACAAGGUGUGCUUCUCGGAAGCAGGGGGCGCACCAGGUCACGCCAGUCGCCUGCGGGGGUUGGGGUCUGCCUUGCGGAACAACCUCGAGGCUGUGUCGGACAAGUUCCGGCGGCCUGCCGUCGACGAGGGCGGCAAGCCAAUUCCAGAGAACACGUUCUUCUUCGAUGAGCGCCAUCAGCGUUGGCGACAGCGAGGUGUUCCUGACGGCUUGGAUGACGCAGCCCCGGCACCUUCUCCAGGCGCUCCGGCGGCGCCCACGGGCACGGGUUCUUCAGCCCCAGCAGCGGCAGCCAAGGAGUCGGUCUCAAGUCAGCCCAGCGCCAGCGCGCCGUUCGCCGCUCCGGCGCCUCCGCCGGGCGUGCCGGCGGCCCCUUUCCAAGAGACAGGGGCCGCCAGCCAGCCCACCUUCCCAGGCACGAGUGCGAUGUUCGCGGCGACGGCACCCGUCGCCGAGCCCUGUUCGGGCGACAGCCAGUCGAGCACGAGUGCACCCUUCGCUGCCCCGCCAGCUGCGGCUGCGGUCCCGUUUGGCGCUGGUGGAAGCCAGCCGAGCGCAAGCGGCCUCUUUGCGGCCUCUGCGGCCCCUGCGGCCCCUUGGGCCCCUGCGGCCACUGCGCCAGGGCCAUCGCCCGCUGAGCCCUUCAACAGCCCACCGAGCGCCACGUCGCCCUUUGGGGCGCCGGCCGGCCCCAGCGAGCCUGUCGAGGAGCCCUUCAGCAGCCCACCUAGCGCCACGUCGCCCUUUGGGGCGCCGGCCGGCCCCAGCAAGCCUGUAGAGGCAGCCGAGGUAUUGAACAAGCCGUUCAGCGACGGUCCGGCAACCUCUCAAGCAGGUGUGGGCAUGCCUGGCGCGGCGCCGGCGCCUUCAGCAGCGCCAUCCUCGGCGAGUCAGCCCAGUCGGAAGCAGCCAGAGCCAAGCGAGGCGGAGAAGUUCCUCCUGCAGUUUGCGAAGCGCCCGAAGCAAGCGGCCUCGGCACAAGGCACCGCUCCUGUGGCGGCCACCACGGCUUCGCCGUCCCCCUUCGAGCUUAGCGCGAAAGCGGAUCCCCCCAGUGCAAGUGCUGCAGAGGCAGCGCCGGCGGCUUGUCCCAAUGGCGGCCCUGCACCCUGGGACGCUCCAGGCCCUCAACCUGGCCCGCCAGAGCCACCGCUGCUGCCGGCAGCUCCGAAGGACCAGCCAAAUGGCGCCUCAGGCCCGGCCGCGGCAUCGCCAGGCACUGGCGCUGCGGGGGCCCCUCUUGCCCCGGUGGGGGUGCCCCUGCCGCCCGCUGGUCUCAUGGGCCCUCCACCAGGCACUGGCGCUGCGGGGGUCUCUCUUGCUCCGGUGGGGGUGCCCCUGCCCGCUGGUCUUAUGGGCCCUCCGCCAGGCCCUAGCGCACCCUUCCCGGCGGCCAACGGGCCAAGUGCAAGCGCUGGCCCAAGUCCGCUCGGCUCAUGGCCAGGCUCCAGCGCUCCGGCCGCCACACAGCCCAUCGACUUGUCGGCUUCUUUCGGUGGCGCCGCGGAAGAUUUCUUCAUUGCAGGCGCCGAGCCCAGCAAGCCUGCAGCCUCUCCGACGGUGGUCGAGGCGCCGACUGCCAAGGGCGCAUCACCGUUUGCGGCACCGCCGCCGGCCUCUGGCAAGUCGGAAGGAGUGGCUGCGCUCUUCGACUGA